UUUUUUGUCGUACAUGUUCUUGCUUUGCUCUAUUCCCAGAAGUCAGUUCAGCCUAUGCCAUUUAGAAUCUUCAAUUUUGUGAUUGAUAUGAGAUUCAGGAGAAUUUCUGAAGAUGGUAGUUCAGAAACUUUGCUACGUUAUUGUUUUCGAUGACAAUGCCAAUGAGGACACUGUUAGGAAUGACCGAGUAGUAGCCUCAUCAUGGGAUUCUCAUCCAAAUGAAUCAUUUCGGUACACAAGGAGCAGUUUGCAGAGUCUGUUACAGUUAGUGGGAUGCAAAGUACAACAUGCUUUCAAGAUAAGCAGACGAGUUUUUGACAUCUUGAAGGGAGAAAACCUGAAAUCGACAGUCAUGUCUGAAGUGAAAGGUAGUUUGGUUUCUGGACUGCGGGAUAUUGAAACAUUUAGAAAAAAACUAUGUGAAGAGGACAUGACAAAGGAACUCUUCACAGGAAAAUCCAAUGACCCAUAUGAUCUUUAUAUGAAACAAGCCACUGUAUUGGUCGAAAGAAGGCAGUUCUUAGAUAUCAUCUGUCGUUGUCUUGAAGAAUAUCAUUAUGUGGGACCAAGCCAGCGGGCUGAUAUCAUCCUUGGCUGCAGACUUCGUGAAAGGAAGGAAUCUGUUACCAUUUUGCUUUGUGGCACUAGUGGAUGUGGAAAGUCAACUCUUUCAUCUUUACUAGCAAGCAGGCUUGGCAUUACCACAGUUGUUUCUACCGACUCUAUUCGCCAUAUGAUGAGGAGCUUCUUUGAUGAAAAAGAAAACCCAUUAUUGUGGGCAUCUACAUACCAUGCUGGAGAGUUCCUCGAUCCUGUAGCUGUAGCAAAAGCGAAGCAGAAAAGGAAAGAUAAAAAGUUUACUAAACCUUGGAAUGGCCAGGGUGGUUUCGAAUCAGAUAGGAUGCUACAAAGAUCAGAUGAUGCACCUGCCAGUAGCUUCUCAGAGGCCAGUCGAGCAGAUCGAAAACAUACAGAAGUAAAUGAUUUUGUUGAAAGAGAUGCUGAAUCCAAUCUCGCCACUGAACUGGUUGGGUCCAAGGUACUGGCAAUCGAGGGAUAUAAAGCACAAAGUGAACUGGUUAUUGACAGUCUUGACAAACUAAUCACAACCUGGGAAGAGCGCAAAGAAUCAGUAGUGAUCGAGGGUGUACAUUUAAGUCUAAAUUUUGUGAUAGGGCUUAUGAAGAAGCAUCCUUCCAUAAUUCCUUUCCUUAUAUACAUUUCAGAUGAGGAGAAGCACUUAGAACGGUUUGCUAUUCGAGCAAAAUAUAUGACCCUGGAUCCUUCAAAAAAUAAGUACACAAAGUACAUCAGCAAUAUACGUACAAUACAAGACUACUUAUGCAAAAGGGCUGACAAGCACUUGAUUCCGAAGGUAAACAACACCAAUGUUGACCGAAGUGUGGCAUCUAUACACUCAACAAUAUUUAGCUGUUUGCGAAGGAGGCAGAUGGGGGUUCCUUUAUAUGAUGUAGCUACAAACACUGUCAAAACGAUAAGUGACGAAUACCGCAAGCAUUGUGAUGCAAAUUCCAUCAGUUCAAAAGGAAUGUUCCGGCUGAUCCAGAGACAAGGGUCGGUACGGCGUUACAUGGCUAUAGUCAAUUCUGAUGGAUCAGUUGCUCGAGCAUGGCCAUUUCAGCCUACAGAUAGAACUAGAGAGAUCCAUCCAUCAGGUGCUAUUCCGAGUGAGGUUGGGAAUCCAAUCUAUGGGCCUGUCCAAGUUCGUGAAGCUGAGCCUGUCAAUUUACAGUUUGGCCAUUUUGGGGUAGGUUCUUGGCCGAAUAGCACAGAAAGUACAAGCUACAUGGGCAGCUUAAAUGAUUCUAAACUGGAAGUGGAUGAAGUGGUGACUCAGUUUUCUUCUUCCUCAAGUUCACCAUUGCACCAUGAGGGGCAUGCAAAAGAGCUCACUGAAGAAGUUCCAGCAUCUGAAAGUGAGGAUGAGGUUUUUCAAGAAGAAGGAGAAGAUGAUUCUAGUGAUUCAACUGGAGAGCAUGGAGAUGAGAUGGGAGGUUCGGUUGCCGAGUCAUCGACAAAAUCAGAUGAAGAGUAUGAGACGGACCCAAAGGAUGGAAUGUUGUGGGAUGAUGCUACAAGCAUGGAAAUGCAGGAUCCUACUACUAAUCUUGUUGAUGGUUCUCGUAGGCAGCAUAAGCUCUCAAAAAGCAACUCCAUGAAACCACUGGGAAGACCAACUCGUGAAGCCCGGCUCUAUAGCCGUGUCCAUAGCCUUCCUAUUCGAAGAAGUCGUUCCAGCAAGCUUAAGAAUGCGAAUACUCUUCUUCAGACGCAUGAAGAAUGCGAUUCAUUCAUGGAGACAGACGAUUGAUUGAAACUAUAACACAAAACGAUCUGCAUUACCGUACUUGGUAUUCAAGAAUAUUUUCACAUUUCAUAACUAUUCUUAUUUCUGUGAAAACUCAAAAAUUUCCUCUUUGCUGAUCUACAUGACUAAGAUGAUGAAAUUUCAUGUAAUUCAU